AUGAUUCAAAACAGCAGUACCGAAGAGCUGGGUCUGAUGACUCUCAACCCCACUGAGGCAAGCGUGAGAUUAGCCACAGUUCAGAUUUCCGUGUGGUCCUUCCUCUACAUCAACAGCCUCAUGCUCUUCACCUUCUUCAGUAAGCAGGCAUUCCGGGGAGAUACACGCUACAUCCUGUUCGCCCACACCCUGCUGUCAGACUCCGUCUUCCUGCUGCUCACUGACCUGGUGGUGCUGCUCACCUACUUCUAUGUUCUGCUGCCCGUGGGCUUCUGCAUCCUGCUCUGCAUCGCAAUGGAGAUUGUUACCAACACAACACCACUGACCAUCACCGCUAUGUGCUUGGAGCGCUAUGUGGCCAUCUGCAUGCCACUGAGACACGCUGAGAUCUCUACCACUGGAAGAACUAUAGCUGCUAUUGUCAUAAUCUCAGCCCUGUGCUCCAUAAACCCCUUUAUGGAUGCCUUCAUCCUCAUUGCCAUGGCACCUCCAGAUUACUUUUCCAAGCUGACCUUCUGCCACUAUGAGAUCAUGAUACUUCUGAAGUGGCAGCGCUUCCUGCGAGCCAUCCUGAAUCAGGUGGUCUUUGGUAUAAUUGCCAUCAUCAUAAUAUUCUGCUACGCUAAAAUUAUGCUGGCAGCUAAAGCUGCCUCAGGAGAAAAUAAACAAUCUAUGUCAAAAGGGAGACGCACGCUCCUACUCCACGCGCUGCAGCUUGUCUUGUGUAUGUUUGAAAUGUGGUGUCCCUACAUUGAGGAAAUGGUGCUGGAGAACAAUCUGCAGAUCUACCUUACCAUCCGAUUCUUCAACUUCAUGGCUUUCACCAUCAUCUCGAGGGCCCUGAGUCCACUUAUCUACGGCCUCAGGGAUCAAAAGUUUUUUCUGGCCAUGAUAUACUAUACCAGCUGCAAGAUGAACCACAUCUCUGCAGAAAUGUAG